CCUGCAGCCGGCCGCACUGUAACAAGGCUGCGUCACUGGGCUGUGCAUCGCUGCUGUUUCUCCUUUCCAGCAGCUGGAGGAGCAGCUGCUGAGACGCGCCGAAGUGUGCGGGACCAGCCAUGGUGGAGCGGCCGCCCCCCGCAGCCGCAGCGCGCCGCGGCUCGCCCGAGGAUGGAGACGCCGCCGCCGCCGUCGGGCCAUCGCACGCGCAUCACGCCGGGGCACUUUGUCUUUGAACCAUCUUGCUUUGAUCCACAUGGGAGGGACGCUGCGCGCGAGGCCCCGUUUUCCGAAUAAGAAGAAGAAGCGUUGGCAGAAUUUCGUGUGCCGAUCCGAUCGGUUCAGAUUUCCAUCGAAUCGCUCUUGUGAGGAGGAAACCGCGGGAGCAAUUUAUUAAUGAUGCCAGAGCUCCCAGCCACUGCAGGCUUAGUCUGCGGUGUAGCAUUCUGCUGACUGUGGACUCUUCCAUCAUGCCCCUUUCCAGCACUGAGCAGCAGCCUGGUCCAACCCCCCUUAGCCCCGCUACUGUCUGUCUCCUGCUGUCCCUCACCAUAGUGAUCCCAUGGCCAGCAGCAGGCUCUACCCUCAACUGUCACAUGACCUGCAUCUGUGCAAGCAACAUUGUCAGCUGCUCAAAGAUGAACCUGACCACCGUGCCCACAGGUCUGCCUAAAUACAUGGCGGUGCUGGACUUGAGCUUCAACAGUAUAACACGGCUACGUGCCGAGUGGACCACGGUCAAGCUUUCGAAUCUCCACAACUUGCAGCUCAGUCACAAUGGCCUGACCUUCAUCUCCACUGAAGCAUUUGUGUAUGUCACGUGCCUGCACUACCUGGACCUCUCCUCUAACGCACUGCAGCAGCUGGACGAGCUUAUCUUCGAGCCCUUGGGCCAGCUGGAAGUGUUAUUACUCUAUAAUAACCAUAUAUCACAAAUAGACCGCUCAGCCUUCACAGGCCUCAACAACCUACAGAAACUCUACCUGAGCCAAAACCAGGUGUCCCGCUUCCCACUGGAGCUGGUCAAGGAGAAAACACGGUUGGAGAACCUGAGCCUACUAGACGUGUCCUCCAACCGGAUAAAGGUGAUACCUCUACAAGAUCUUAAAACUCUGCCGGCCUGGAUUAAGAAUGGUCUUUACAUCCAUAACAACCCUUUUGCCUGUUCAUGUGAGUUGUACAAUCUGUUAGCACACUGGCAUUUCCGGCAACUUACCUCAGCCAUCGACUUUAAGGAUGACUAUACAUGCAUCCUGCCUGGGCCACAGAAGACAAUGGUGCGGGUCUUUGAUCUGAGUGGUAACUACAUGAACUGUAGUACUGUGAAAGAGGUCGAUGAGGAAGCAUACCUGGGUCAAACGCUGGUACUCAGCUGUGACACCAGACACAGAGACAUGUUCAAGACCUGGGUGAGGCCGGGCAACGUUGCGGUAUCCCUCGAUGGCAACCAGAGUGCUGUGGUUCUCCCGGAUGGUAGUCUUCAGAUCAGACCAGCACGGCCUGAAGACUCCGGUACUUACAUCUGUUAUGCUGUGAGCCAGGCCCUCAACGAGACAUUGUAUGUCUCAGUGAAGGUUCACAACUUCACUAUGGGUAGUGGCCAUGACCCCAUGAACACAGCCUACACCACACUAGUAGGCUGCCUGGCCAGUGUUGUGCUGGUGCUGAUGUACCUAUACCUGACCCCUUGCCGCUGCUCCUGCUGUCCGGACCGUAGCCGGGACAAGGGGCAUAACGAUGAUAGCAUUCAUUCAUCUGUGCUCAGCACCACACCUACACAUGGCGACCUUGGUAACAAGGCUGGUCUUGCUCGACAUGUUGCGUUCAUUGAUCCCAAGGAGCUGCAGGGUCAGAAUGGCAAGGUCAGCCCCAACAUGGAGGAGUGUCAGGAGCAAGAUGUCCAGCGAGGGCGGAGACAGAGGAAGAAGUCGGACUCUGACUCCAUCAGCUCCAUUUGCUCUGACACUCCCAUUGUGGUCUAAGAGCACAGCUGCCAUAUUAAACAUGUGAGGGGGCGUCCACCGCACUUAGCAGAGCUUCCAAAACUGGUAUUACUGUAUCUAGAAAUGGGAUGUUGUCAUAAUGGUUGUUUUUACUACAGGAAAGCCAAGUGAAGAGAGCUUUCCAGCAUUUAACUUGUAGCAAUUCAGGAUGUAUACUGUGAAAUUCCCGAUAGUGCUGAGAAGAGUGGGAAGUGGGGACCAAGUGGAAUUUGAUGGAACAGGAACAAUAAGUAAGCAAGGAGGGCAGUGAAAAGGUGAAAAUUCAAGAAAGAAAUAUUUCUGAAUGUAUGUGUACCCAAGCUAUGAACAUGAGCCUUGCAGGGAAGUCGGUGUGCAACAGGAAUACAUCAGUAUGAGGAUUCUUAGCACUGGGCCACAAGUUCAAAUUCUUGGCACGGGGGAUGUGUAAGCAUGCCACACACGGGGACCAGUCAGGGACAGGCCCAAGUCAAUACACUAGAGUUACCCUACAUCUUAGUAUAAUAAACACAGACACAUAAGUAUGGUAAUAGUGCAGUAUCUGCAGUUCUACUGUACAUAAGAACAGAGCACUGGCAAGCCUAGCUCAUUCCAGGGGCUAGUGGGCUACCUCACUCAAUUCCAUAUCUAGUGACAAGUCUCCGUGUAUGUGGGAAAGUAAAUUCCACCUGUGAUGUGAAAAACUUAGGAAUACAUGGAUAAAUGUUGUAGACAAAUGGUUAGAUAUCUGCACUUCAUUCCAUUCAGCUGCCUUUACAGGGGUGAUUAACAGCAAAGUUAUUGGUUUUACUUGUUGGGUAAUAAACAUUUAAAAUGAAAAUAGCGUUCCAAAACUCCAGUGAUAGUUCCGGAAUGUCCUGCCUGAACUACAAACCCGCAGUCAACAAAUUUAGGUGAAGGAUGAAGCAUUUUGUCGGUUUCAGAUGAGAGCUUCCUUUAAAAAUAAAACAUGCUGCCAUGUGAUAAAAUAUUAGAGUGGAGAAAUAUCAGAUUCUGCAAAUACUUAUUUCAGAUAGCGUGCAGUUAAACUAUCAGCAUUUUUCCCAUUUAUUGUGAAUAAUGAGUAUGAUAUUGCAAUCACAAAAAGCAGUAGCUGGAUAUAUAUAUCAAAGGAAUUCAUUAAGAUAAUUUUUUGUAGGUUUUUCUUCAAAGCAUAUCCAUGCCUAGUAUUUUGAGUUCGGCUCCAUGUAAUGGGCCUGUGUUUUCCAGUAGAAAGCGGACAGUUGAUUUUGCUCGUGCGUUCUGAGGGAAAGAAAUGUAUUCACCUCCCUCUGUAGUUCAGUUAUUCCUCCCCAUGCAACAAAGAAAUGUACAAAAGGUAGAAAUAUAUGCAUUGUUUUUACCCCGUGUAAGGAGUGUUACCUUUAGCAAAAAGAAACAAUGGGUUGUCACGAUGAAUUUUAUGCGAAAUUUGUACAA